AUGGCCUCAAAAGUCACUCUCGGCCCCGUGCUGGCGGUAACCACAGCAGUAUCCAUCGGUGUCGCGAAGAAAUUCGACCUGCCUCUGGCCCAGACUGUCGGGACAGCGUUGGCAGCAGCCAUUCCCUUCUACCUUUUCGUCUGGCUGAGCUAUCUUUACCCAAUCUACUUCUCCGAACUGAGACACGUUCCCACAGUCCCGGGUAACCCUCUCAUAGGGCAGUUCUUCACCAUCAUCACCGAGGAGUGCGGCGUCCCCCAGCGUCGCUGGCACAAGGAGCUCGGUCCCAUCAUCCGCUACUACUUCCCCUUUGGCGCCGAGAGACUGUCCGUUGCCGACGACGAAGCCCUCAAGCACAUGACGGUGAAAAACCCGUACAACUACCCCAAGCCCGUUCGGGCCAAGCUCUGGAUGGUCCGCAUUCUCGGUGAGGGCAUCCUCCUCGCCGAAGGCACCGACCACGUCGUCCAGCGCAAGGCCCUCACAGCCGGCUUCUCCAUCGGCGCUAUCCGCUCGCUCACGCCCAUCUUUUGGGAAAAGUCCCUCAUCAUGGCCAAGCUCUGGAAGAAGGAGAUGACCACCUCCCACCUCAGGGUCAAAUCGUUCGAGGCGUUGGAAUGGCUGAACCGCUGCACCCUCGACAUCAUCGGCAAGGCCGGUUUCGGGUACGACAUCAACUCCCUCGAGGACCCUGACGUCCCCAUCCGCGAGGCCUACCGCCUCGUCUUCGCCUUUGACCUCUUUUCUCGCCUCCUCCACGGGAUGCAAGCUUUCAUCCCUGCCUCGAAGCACAUCCCCUCCAAGAUGAAUCGCGACAUGGAAACCUCUCGGGGUAUCAUCCUCGACAAAGCUACCGAGAUCAUUACCACCAAGCUCGACGAGGCGGAGAACAACAUCGGCAAGAAGGACAUCCUUGCUCUGAUUGCGAAAGAGAACAAGAAGCUCAAGGAGAACGGGGAGGAGGGGCUGUCGUUUGACACGAUGCGGGAUCAGAUCAUGACGUUUCUGGGGGCGGGGCAUGACACCACUGCCACGGCGGUGGCGUGGACUGUUCAUCUUUUGUCGACGCACCCUGAAAUUCAGAGCAAACUCCGUGAGGAAAUCCGGGAGCACAUGCCCUUUUUGUUUGACGCCUCCACCCGCCAUGAUCCUCGUCUUUUGGCGUCCGUAGACCCGGAUAAGCUCCCCUUCAUGGACAACGUCUGCAGGGAAUCACUGAGAUACAUCCCCCCGAUCCCCAUGACAGUAAGGCAGUCCAUCGCGGACGACACUUUGGGUCGGUACAAAGUCCCGGGUGGGACUGUGAUCUACGUGCUUGCCAACACGAUCAACCGGCUUCCGUGCUACUGGGGGGAAACGGCGGAUGAGUUUGACCCGGACAGGUGGGAUGAUUUGCCGCCGAGUGUGGUGCCGAACGCGUUUAUGACUUUUUUGCAGGGGCCGAGGGGGUGUAUUGGGCGGAAGUUUGCCGAGACGGAGAUGAAGAUUUUGUUAUGUGUGCUGCUGAGCGAGUUUGAGUUUGGGAGGGAUUAUGAGACGGCUGAUCCGGAGGAAUGGAAGAUGUGGAGGUUGGUUUUGAGGCCUAAGGAGGGGGUUACGGUUAGGGUUUCCUUGUUGGGGGGGAGUGAGGAGGUGGUGAUUGAUGGGGGGAAAAGGCAGGGGUAG